AUGCCAUUUAACGAGUCCGUCGAUCUGCUGCCGCUUCUUGGUCAUGCUGGUGCUGUCGAGGCAGAUAAAAAUGACUACGCUUUGCGUCUCGGCCGGAAAAGGAACGUUGCUGAUGCAGGCGACUGGCACGCUCGAGAAAUUGACACUUCCAGACAUAUGUCACCAACAUUCGUUAUUAUCUUGUCCAAAGAGAAGAUGUCAUUUCUGAGUGUUCGAACUCCUUCAAUUAAUCUUCAAUCUGGUCUGUCAACUAUGGUAUCAGAAGUCAAGUAUGAUCUUUUAGCAGAUCCAAAUGUGUUUUUCAAUCUCGUGCUUAACCACGAUGGCAAUAUUGACGUACAUGGAGAUAUUCCAGUUUAUAUUUCGUGCAUGCUGAUCCCCUUCACCAUUCACUUGGAUGUUUCAAAUUUGCUCGGCAAACAGUCAAGCCAGAUACUUGAUACAGAAAUAUCUCUGAAGUCGCAAUACGCGAUAGAUUUCCUGCGAUAUGAAGUGAAUGCAUGGAGAUCGAGUGUCGUGGAUAACAUUAAGACUGAGUUACAACGUGUUGUGACACAGGUGCUUACGACUAUCGUGCUCUCACAUUUUUAUACCUACACUGAUGACCAAGGGAUAUUUGCAUUUACGGAUGUGUCGUUUGAGUAUUCAUCCAGGGUGCUAUUAAACAUUCCUUCUCUAUUAGUAAAAGUUCAAUCUGCUGAUAGGCAAACUAUUCUAGUCGUUGGGCUCAAGCAAUUUUUUCUAGGAAAUGGCAAGACAUUCAUUUCCGCUUACACGGAAGUUUUUAAGAACCAGUCAGAUCCAUUGCAGUCUAUGUUACAAGCUUACUUAGCGGGGAAGGAUCUUGUCCUUUCUGCAAGUGGAAGCAAUGCCAACACAAAUUGCUAUUCCUUGCAUCUACUAGAUCUAGUUAAUAUAAAAUUGGAUGUUCCCGCCAAGAUUGAUGGCAAGCCGGCGUUUCUUCGAGAGUGCUUCAUCAAACCGACUUUCAAGGAAAUUGACUCAAAGACGCGCAGGUGUUUGCUAAAUCUAGAAUUGCUUGUCACGAUUAAUAACCCACUGCCAAUUCAUUUCGACCUCUAUGAGAUUGAGCUUGACCUGCUUUACGAAAGAUGGACUAUCCGAAAUCGAACGACUCCGAAAUUUCUCGCUCAUGUUAACAGUAGCAAGCACGUUUCUUGGUCGUCACACGUGCAGAGCAGCAUCUUUCUAAAAACGACUGUGCAAAAUUUUGAAAAUUGCAUGGAUGUGGUGGAGCUUUACCUCCACGACCAGCUAGCAUUCGACAUAAAGCAUGGCCGCAUCUACAUGGGUGUCGGCAGCGGAAACAUAAGCAUUCAAUUCACAAUGAGAGAUAUCGAGAGGUCUCGAAUCACUGUGACUCUACUGGUUGCGAGCUACAUAUUUUGUUACAAAUAUACUUGGUUUUGGUAUACUGAAGGGGUCAAAUUUCCGGACCAGCGUGUCCUGGCAUGGAAAAAGUUUACUUCUGACAGAUGA